GAGCACCCCUGGCCUCGCCCUCUGGGAAGAGAAUCCGGACGCUGGUUUAGAGAUGACCAGGAAGGGAUGUUACUGAUUUCGGGGCGGAGAAAGAUUAGCUUUGUGGGGACGUAGUUUCCUUAGCCCCCCUUUUUUUUUUUAAAGAAAUACGAAUGCUUUGAGAGGGCGUGCCUGCUCCUGGGCCAGGUCUGCCGCAAUGCCUGUCUCAGUGGAGGACAUCAUGAGGCUUCUGUGCUCCGUCUCCGAGGAGAGGAAGAUGAGGGUGGCCGUCAAGCACUCCGGGAGGGGCGCCCUGGUCACAGGAGCCGUGGCCUUCGUCGGUGGUUUGGUGGGCGGCCCACCAGGACUAGCCGUUGGGGGGGCCGUCGGGGGUUUGUUAGGCGCGUGGAUGACGAGUGGACAGUUUAAGCCAGUUCCUCAGAUCAUAAUGGAGCUGCCUCCUACCGAGCAGCAGAAGCUCUUUAAUGAAGCCACUGCCAUCGUCAGGCACCUGGAGUGGACAGACAUUGUGCAGCUGACCAUGCUGGUCAUGGGUAGUGAGGCCCUGCAGCAGCAGCUGCUGGCCAUGCUGACCCGCUACUUCACCAAGGAGCUCCGGGCGGAAGUGCAGUACAGCGACUAGGCCUCUGCUCCGGGGAGCGGGGUCCCUUUAGAUGAUUCCCCGCCGACCCACGGAAGGUGACCGGGGCGCUGUGGGAAGCCCCACAUCAUUGGUGUAUCACCCUAAACUGUAGCAAAAUCUCCUGCUGGAGAGGCUGCUGCCGCGCUGUAUCAUGUCCUGGAAACUAUUUGAGAAGAUGCUGUGUUUUGUGGCCGAGUGCGCCUGUGAGCCCUGACAACCCUUUGGCUGGGAAGCUGGUGACGCACAAAGCCGUGCCCGCUGCCACAUGGCAGCAGUUUCCUGAAUCCACUCUCACACGCAAGCUGGAAGAAGGGCGUCACGUUCAGCCUUAUCUCAUUACGUGACGAUGAUGCCUGCCCGGGCACCUGUUGCCGGGCUGGCCCCUGCUGGAAUCGUGUUUACCUCUUGAAAGCCCCUUCCCCAGCCAGUGACUUCUGAGUGGCCUCAGGGAGGGGGAGGUCGGCCGGCUGAGCGAAGCGACAAAAGUCAGUGGCACCCGGCCCCUCCCCCACUAGCUGCCCGCCUGGGCUGUCUCCCUCCCAGGGGCUUGCUUUCCCCAUCUGAAAAGUCACAGUAGUUCUUGAGUUCUGCUUUUUAAGUUAAAUAUUUUCAGUAAAAAGUAUUGCUCUUUCUGAAGUGGUGGAAUCAUAAACUAUCUCUAAGAAAUGCGCCCAGCCUCACUUUCCCCCGAUACUUUUUUCUUGCUUUGCUUUCAGAACUGCAACUUGACUAAGUGUCAUCAAACUACAAUAAAUGUUUUCUGAACAGUCCUUUUCUCUACCUAUUUUGUAUAAAGUAUCUCUAACAUUUGAAGUUGUACACACGGAGCACAAGGGAAGGGAAGGUAUUGGAUUUGUGGCUUUAAAGAAUGAAUGAAAAAAAAAAAGAA